CCCGGGUCUGUACAAUAUGGUUUGCUAUAAAACUCAAAAUCUUCCAGCUGGGGCCACAGAGUUCAUGUGUCUGUCUGCGGUGUCGGGAGAAGAGGGGCCCAGGCGGGCCUUGAGUGCCUGUUCUUUGGGGCUGUCGGGAGGCGGGGCUGUUUGGAUGGAUUUGGGAAUCUUGGGCCUUUUCUGCUUCCUGGAACUGAGUUUGCGGGACCCCUGUAACCCCUACAGGCUGAUGGGCUCACCUUUACCUAGUUUACAGUUUAGGUAGGGGUUUAGAGGUCUGGAGAUCUGGGAGUGUCCAGAUAUAUUUGGAAUGGCCAAGGGCCCGGUUACUGCCAGCCACAGGCUGCAGCUGGUUACUAACCUCAGCGGAGCUAGGGCACCUGCGUGACAUUUUAGGUGGACUACUGUCGCUGGGUCCCUUGAGAACUUUACCAGACGCCCUCGGGCUCCACCCCAUCAUGUGGCCGCCUCAGCUCCGCCUCUGUCCCAGUUCCUGUUUCAGCCUCUGCUGUCCCGCUUCGGCCCCUAGGGUUCCCCGCAGACUCCAGCUCUUCCUUCUCGGUUUGGACUGCCUCUUCCUGGGCGCCUGCCGCCUACAUCUCUGCUCACCCCGCAGGGGGAUGGGGUCUCCCUCUGGACUGAGCUGGUCUUCCUGGACUCCCCACGGCUACUUGGUCCUACCCUGACUGCCCAGUCCACCUGGUGCUGCGGCCCACCCCCCAGGAUGAAGGGCGGCGAGGGGGAUGCAGGCGAACAGGCCCCACUGAACCCGGAGGCCGAGUGCCCCGCGGGCUCAGCCACAUACCGAGAAUUCGUGCACCGCGGCUACUUGGACCUCAUGGGGGCCAGUGAGCACUCGCUGCGGGCGCUCAGUUGGCGCCGCCUCUACCUCAGCCGGGCCAAGCUCAAAGCCUCCAGCCGCACGUCUGCCCUGCUCUCGGGCUUCGCCAUGGUGGCCAUGGUGGAGGUACAACUGGAGAGCAACCAUGAAUACCCACCAGGCCUGCUGGUGGCCUUUAGUGCCUGCACCACCGUACUAGUAGCUGUACACCUCUUUGCACUCAUGGUCUCCACGUGUCUGCUACCCCACAUUGAAGCUGUUAGCAACAUCCACAACCUCAACUCUGUCCACCAGUCUCCACACCAACGACUCCACCGCUAUGUGGAGCUGGCCUGGGGCUUCUCAACGGCCUUGGGCACGUUCCUCUUCCUCGCUGAAGUUGUUCUGGUUGGCUGGGUCAAGUUUGUACCCAUAGGGGCCCCCUUGGGCACAGCAGCCCCUGUGGUACCUGCCUCCCAGGUACCUGGGACUCUGCCACCAGUGGCCACCUCACUUAGUCCAGCUUCUAAGCCACCCUCUGCUUCUGUAGCCCCGCCCGAGACUGAGCCAUCUGAGGCCUGCCCACCCCAGCAAGCAUGUGGUGGUGGUGGUGGUGGUGGUGGUAUCCAUGGACCAGGCUGGCAAGCGGCCAUGGCCUCCACAGCAAUCAUGGUACCUGUAGGGCUUGUGUUUGUGGCCUUUGCCCUGCAUUUCUACCGUUCCUUGGUGGCACACAAGACAGACCGCCACAAGCAGGAGCUAGAGGAGCUAAGUCGCCUGCAGGGGGAGCUACAGGCUGUGUGAGGUUGGUGUUAGCCAUCCUCAAAAACACUGCCUUCAUCAGGGGUCAGCCAGAGACCCCAGGUCUCUGAAUACUGCUCCCUGACCCUGCCAGAGGUACUUAGGUAGAGACCAGAUUCCUGGCCUCAGGGUCCUUUGGGCUGGGCCUUAGGGCAGCUCCCAUAUUCCCAGGGAUUUUCCCUGUCAGCCUUUCCUAUGGGUUUUAUAAAUUCUGCUCUAUGCCUGGGCUGGGAGGAGUGGAAGAUCCUCAGUCCAAGGUUCAUACAGUAGGUGGAAGGGAGGCAGGGAGACCCUGGCCAGACCUUUGGUGCUGCUCCUUAGCCACUUUCCCCUAAACAGGAUGUGGAGGUUAGGUUAUGCACCCACCCAAUUGCUCCAGAAGGAAGCCAACACUUACUUUAUUUUUGUAGAAUUUUUAACAUUGAUUUUAGAGAAAGAUACGAUGUGAGAGAGAAACAUCAAUCAGCUGCCUCUCUCCUGUACACAUCAUGAAUAGGGAUAGAACCCACAACCUAGGUAUGUGCCCUGACUGGGGAUUGAACCCUGACCCACAACCCUUUGGUGUACGGAUAACACUCCAACCAACUGAGCCACCCAGCCAGGGCUUGUAGAAUCUAUUUUAUGGUUGGUAUUUCUUGGAAAGCUCUUCCCCAUCCCCAGAUUUCAAUGGGUUUCACUCUCUUGCUUUAGUUGCUAUAGAGAUUUGGGUGCUUCUGCCCCAGGCAUAGGUCCAGCCUUUCCUAGAAGGAGCCUCCCUAUUUUUGGAGGUUCAAGUGCCAGUCCAAUUUCCCUAGACCCACACUUAUUACUUCUAUAUAAGAUUCUUAUUCUUCUGUGCCAGGGUUUGGGGGUCUUUGGAGACUGAGGGCCUGUGUGCCCAGCUUGACUACCUAGCAAGGGUUGGGGUGACAAGGUUUUAAGGGAAAAGGUGUAGUCCCUAACCCUUGGAAUACAGAGCUGUUCUGCCACUGAAUUUAUGAUGCACCUUGUUUUGUAUAAUAAAUUGUGUUUCACAGA